AAGCCGGCUUUUCUCCUUUACUACGUGUCGCGUCCUACGGAACCUUCUCUCAACCACGCCCGUUCACCACCACGCAAUCUUCAUCACGCUUCCAUCCUUCUGGAUAAGCUUUUUCCGUUUUGCAUUUCAAGCGGAGACUAGGAAUUGAUUCUCUUGUCUCUUUUAUUCUACACGACAGACCGAAGCAGGCUCUUUAUCGCGUUGCUCGUAUUCCAUUCACCACACUCGUUUCAUCUCACUUAAUUUCAUCUUCUUUUUCAUCACUUCAUCAUGUCUGAUAAGCGCAACGAUGACGCCUUCUCGCCAAAUGGCAGCAAGGAGCAGUACGAGGCCGAGAGAGAGCGCUUCAUCCCCUCCUCCAGCGGCCAGUCCUCUGCCCGCCGUGGUGCUGCCAGUCUUGGUCUUGGCGACUCCUUUUCCAAGAUUGAUAACAACCCCAUGGUUUCCGUUAUUGCCUACUGCCUGGCUUCCAUUAGUAUGACUGUUGUCAACAAAUACGUUGUUUCCGGCAGCGGGUGGAACAUGACCUUCCUGUACCUCGCUAUCCAGAACGUUGUCUGCAUUGCUGCCAUUAUGGCUGGUAAGAGCCUCGGCAUGAUCACCAACUUGGCCCCCUUUGAUAUCGAGAAGGCUAAGCGAUGGUUCCCGGUUUCCCUCCUUCUUGCUGGUAUGAUCUACACCACCGGCAAGGCCCUCCAGUUCCUCUCUGUCCCUGUCUUCACCAUUUUCAAGAACCUUACCAUCGUCGUCAUUGCCUACGGUGAAGUCCUGUGGUUCGGUGGCAGAGUUACCCCCAUUGUCCUUCUCUCCUUCGGUUUGAUGGUCUUCAGCUCCAUCGUCGCUGCUUGGGCUGAUGUGCAGGCUGCCAUGGGAGGCGCCACCACUGAGAGCAACAAGGCUAUGUCUACGCUCAACGCUGGUUACGCCUGGAUGUUCGCCAACGUCAUCUGCACCUCUGCUUUUGCUCUUAGCAUGCGCAAGGUCAUCAAGAAGAUGAACUUUAAGGACUGGGAUACCAUGUUCUACAACAACGCUCUCACCAUCCCCGUCUUGAUUGUUGGCUCUCUCCUUCUCGAGGACUGGUCCAGCGAGAACCUUGCCCGCAACUUCCCCGCGGAGAGCCGUAACAGCCUUUUCCUCGGCAUGAUCUACUCUGGUUUCGGUGCCAUCUUCAUCUCUUACUGCACUGCCUGGUGUGUUCGCUGCACGUCUUCUACCACCUACUCCAUGGUCGGCGCCCUCAACAAGCUCCCUCUCGCCAUCAGCGGCCUCAUCUUCUUCGACGCCCCUGUCACCUUUGGCAGUGUUUCUGCCAUUCUUAUUGGUACCGUCAGUGGUCUCGUGUACGCCUGGGGCAAGAUCCAGCAGUCUGAGGCUGCCAAGAUGAGCCUGCCUACGUCUAACCGCACCGUUGUCAGCGCCAGCUCCAAGAGCAACAACGACGCUGCCAACUCAUAGAUGCUUCGACGAACCUGACUUAGCUUCUCCGUUUCAUCGUAGAAUGCUGGCCAGGAACGGAGGUACCUUUGGGGUGCUACCAAAAUGAACGUAUGCUUAGGCAAAUAGAACGAAAAAAACACGGCGGGCUCGAGCGGCUUGCAAAUAGAGUCAGGCUAGCUAUAUUGCAUUUUCACCGGAGGGGGCGCACUAUUUUAACGGUAAUUUUCUUUUUUUUCUUCCUUCACCCAAUCCCUUUUCAUCCUUCUAUAAUUUGAUAUAUUUAUUGUGUUUUCAACUUCUUCUUUUAUUGGAAAUGCAUCAUCAUAGAACUGUUAGGAUAGUUAAUGUCAUGACAAAACAAAAUACAAAACAAAUCCAUAAGACCAAAUAA